GCAGGAACAAUGGGCAACCAUGUAGAUCUAAGUGGUCUGGAAGAACAAGAGGUGAAACAGUGAUAGGGUCAUGCUUGCAGAUGUUCACUGAUGUGCAUGGGGAGUCUGGUCCGAUCCUGCAGAAGAACUACUAAAGCACAAAUUGCUGGAUAAAAACAAUGCUGGCUAUGAUAUGAAAGCUGUAUAUAUCACAGCUGCCACUGUAACAAAAUAGUUAGUGGUUUUAAUGGCAUAGCUGAUUGGUGUACAUAUUUCUUUUGUGUGAACGACCUAGACAGUUGUGUAUAUAGAAACACAUCUGGAAUUGUCUGGAAAUAUGUGAUUUGAAACAAACAACAAUCUUGCAGGCACAUGCAGCAUAUAAAGUAGUUAUGCUGGAUGUUCAGAUAAGCCACUGCAGUAUUUUUUUAUGGUUAAAAAAAAAGCAGUGUGAAGCAGGCCUUAUUAAUGACACCUUUGCAUCUUGAGAGCUUUUAUGCAGUAUGUUGUUAGUGCAUCCGAUAUUACGAUAAUGCGCUUUACUUGCCCACUCGUUUUCUAAUUCUUUUAAUAUUAAAUGACUGUGCAGAUAAGAUAAAGCUUGAUUAAGCUAAUGUGUAAUCAACUAUGUCUAUGACACAGUUGUAUAUUUUAUGAUGACCUUCAUAACAGCAGUCUUUUCUGUUAUUUGAUCAUUGAUUUUAUUUGUCUUGAAGAAUCCAUUGAAACCUAAUUUUAUAAUUGGCUUCUCGUGAUCUGUUGUUCAGAAUUCAAAUAAGAAUGAAGUAUAUACCCAUAAUGAGCUAAAUCUAGACCCAAAUCAUGAAUAGAUACUUAUGUUAGUACAAUCACAUAACACAGCUAUUUUUGGCACAAGAAUUUGUGUAACUUAUUUUGGCUCCUCUUGUGAUGUCAGUGUGUGGAAGUGUCCUCAAAUGGUAAUACCACUUUACAGCAUUGUUCUGGUAAACGCUAUCGAUUGGUUAGUUUCUGCAUGACAGAUUCAGUUGUGUGGGUGUUUACAGCAGAUUUAUAACAGUGAAGGAGAGCAUCGAGGGCAGACAAGACCACUCAGGCUCUGAGGGCUGUUAUUAAACAUUUUCACGCUGACACACAUUUGAAGAAUACUGCUGCCAAUUGCACUGAAACGCCAAAGCUGACGACAAAAUGGACAGGACUAAAAAAUAUUUCUCUACGCCGAAUGAAAACGAUGAAGAUAUAGACCUUGAUGACUGGAUACCUCCGGAUGCUGAUCUAAUAGAAAAGAUGGUCUCUCAGAUUGAAUAUUAUCUCUCUGAUGAGAAUCUGGUCAAGGAUGCUUUCCUUUUAAAGCAUGUCAGGAGAAAUAAGAUGGGUUAUGUCAAUAUCAAGUUGCUGACCUCUUUUAAAAAGAUGAAGCAGUUGACAAAAGAUUGGCGGGUCACAGCAUAUGCCCUCCGGCAUUCGUUAAUACUAGAGGUGAACAAAGAGGGAAAUAAAGUGCGCAGAAUUGAGCCGGUGCCCGAGUCUGUCCUCUUUCAGGUACCGAGCAGACUGCUGCUGGUCUGGAACAUCACAGAAUCAAAUCUGACAGAGAACAUGGCACACGGCACAUCAACACCUUGCAAGAGCACCAUGGAAACUGCUAUUGCAAUUCUGGAGCCGUUUGGUACCAUUACCAUGGCUCGGGUCAACAGGCCUGGCAGAGAGCUCCUGCCUGAGCUUCAGAAAUACAGCUACAGAUACCCAGAGCUGUUCACUAAGGAGAGCGUACUAGUGGAAUAUGAAGAUCUGGAAGGAGCUGGACGUGCUUACCACCAACUGUCACAGUCUGAAGGUAACAUGAGAGUACUCCUGAUAGGGAAAGCUUCCAAGAAGAAAGCCGUAGAUGUGGGUUUGGAGGACAAAAGUAAUGGGAAGGGGAUCUCCAUCCUGAACCAACGCAUGUUGCAGCUUCAGACUUGUGGUGAAGACUCAUCAGCAUAUAGCUCCUCAGAAUCUGAGUUCACCUCUUCAUCGCCUUUGAGCAUACCUCGUGUUUGUUCUGGCCAGGUGUGUAGCAGCCCCUUAAAUAGCCCACGUUCAAGCCCUAGAUGUAUACGUGCACCCCUUCCAGGCCCUCGCAUUUCUCCACUGUUAGCCUCAGAGGUCUGGGGAAGUCCAGACACAAGUCCAGAGUUGCGAGAGAAACGAAAGUUGUGCGGCAACCAAAACAAACACUGUCAGACGAGUGAUAAAAAGCUACUAAAUGGAGACACGGCACCUCCUGGAGUCCUACGCCUGCCUUACGGUCCUGACGGGAGUAGAGGUUUUCACGCAAUCUUAGUUAGAAGACGACUUCAUUAUUCAUUUAAAGUAUAAGGAACCAAUUAUUCCAUCACUGUAAUCACCUGUUUGCUACUUGUUACUUACAUAUUACUUGUGUUAUGUUUCUUGUCAUUUGAUUUGCUGACUUCUAAAUGCAAAUGUGUGUAAUGCUUCUGUGCCUGUAGCUUAAUAUACAAUUCAUCCUUUACUGACAUUUCAGCUGUACAAAGUACAAAUCAAUGACCUUUUAUUCACAUUACAGAAAUGAAAUUAUUCCUAGAUCUUUUUUUUCCUGAAAUCCUAGCUUUUAAAUCAGUAUCUACAACCCCCCUUACAUCAAUCUGCACUGUUACCAACCACAACUCAACUGAAGCACUGAGAAAGUAUUGUUUUUUUUAGUGUAAAGUGCUGUGUCAACACAUUUUAACCCCAACACUAAUCACUAACCAACCACUUCAGUAUGUAAAUGAUACAUCCAGAGUUAAUACUGGGGGAUAAGCAGCGAUAUAUCCCGGACAGGAUGCCAAAUCUUCACAGCUUAUCUCUUUCCCCCCUUAUAUAUGAGGUUUAGGAGCAAUUUGAAGUCACUAGUCCAUGAUGUUUCUGGAUAGUGGAAGAAACUAAAGAACCAAGAAGAACACAAAGGCACAAAUGAUUUCCACAUUAUCUCUACAACAAUACAUAACUGGCAAAUUAUUAUAAUAAAAUAACACACAAAUUCACACCAUCGUUUUGGGCGAUCAUAUAAUACACUCUUUGAAUAAAGGUAACUAACUUUACUUCAUGGGGUGCAACCAUAGUGCAGAUUAUUUCUAUAAUGUUUGAGAGUAAAGGUUUAGAUGCAUCUGUGGUUCAUCAUGUCAAAUUAUGUACCUUACAUUAUUUUAUGUAAAAAACAAAUGUACAUAUUAAAUGUAAAAGAAAAAAAAAGAUGUGCCCUAAAUAAUACCACCCAAGUAACAAAGAAGACAUGUAGUGACUGCGUUCCUGCAUCAAACGCCUUGGGAUUCUGUAACUCUGGCAUAAUUUAUACGACAUAGGAGCUGACAUAACAACUCAUCACAAUUUGGACAGUCACCAUGACAACUUUUCAGAGUUGAGCCUGCACCACUCUUUGGAUCUAUGCCAGCGGUGAAGAGGUUCUGUCACAUCCCACAGACCUCUUAGAGCCAG